CCCGUGGUGGCCUACAUCGCAAAGCCGGUCUACAUGCUGUUACAUCACGCUCGCUCAGAGGUCGUGCGGGUGCUUCCAAACUCGCUCCAACAGCCCCGCAAAGAUCCAUCCGCUCGUCUGCAACAUCCUCAGCAUACUCUGCACCCCUAGAAGAUCUCGCUGCUUCGAGUUGCUGGCGCUUUUCUCCCCUCCUCCAGUUUCAUCUUCUGCAUUUUCCCCUUUCAUCGGAGCCUUUCUGCCAUAAUGUCCACCGCUCCGAGCGCAUCCUCCUUGUCAGGCCCGGCCAGCACCAGUCAAACCUUCUCAGCCAAGGAGUUCUUCGACACUCAACCGGCUCCAGCUUCGCUCGGCGCUCACACCGCUCUAGUCAGAGAUUUCGUGCAGCGACAGCAAAAGGAGGGUCGUAGCGUUGUGCUCGUUACUAGCGGCGGGACCACUGUACCACUGGAGCAAAACGUGGUUCGCUUUCUGGACAAUUUCAGCGCGGGGACAAGAGGAGCGACUUCGGCGGAGUACUUUCUAUCACAAGGCUAUGCAGUCAUCUUUAUGCACCGACAGCACUCCUUGGCGCCCUAUACUCGGCAUUACAGUCACACCACCAACCCCUUCUUGGAUCUGCUGGCGGAGCCGCAGGAGGGCGAUGACACUGCUCCUUCCUCUCUGAAUGCUCCGGAUGGCUGGAGGCUGGGAAUGGGAAGAGGCCCACACACUCACAGCAAGGUGGUGCCGAUAGACGACGGCGCAGAAGCACAACCUCAACAGUCUCAAGCAAGAGCGGCAGGAGCCAGCUCUCAUCCUAUCCUAGUGAAGUCCAAACACACCGAAAAGCUUCUGCCAGUACUAAGAGCAUAUCACGCUGCUCAAAAAGCUCAAACCCUGCUGCGCAUACCCUUUGUCACCGUCACUGACUACCUUUUCCUACUGAGGGCGGUCUCGGGCGAGAUGCAGACUUUGGGGCGGCGAGGGAUGUACUACCUCGCUGCUGCAGUAAGCGAUUUCUUCGUGCCGGAGCAAAAGACUCCUCAGCAUAAGAUUCAGUCAGGAAAGGGCUCGCUGGUCAUCGAGAUGGAUCAGGUGCCAAAGGUGUUGAGACCAAUGGUGCAGGACUGGGCCCCUGAGGGCUACGUGGUCAGCUUCAAGCUCGAGACGGACCCGAAGCUUCUCAUCCCAAAGGCUCGCGGAGCUCUGGAGAGAUACGGCCAUCAAUUGGUCAUCGGCAACGAUUUGACACGCAGAAAAGAAGAGGUUGUCUUCGUAGAAUUGGAAAAGGAGGAGAGAUGGUUGCGGCUGUCAGAAAUGAGGGAAGCUUUGCGAGGGGGGUUGGGAGGCGAAGUCGAGAUCGAAGAAGCCAUUGUCAAGGAACUGUGCCACAGGCAUCAGCAAUGGUUUCAGCAAGCAAAGCUGGGCUAAUGCCGCACUUCGUUUCUCUGUGUCUAGCAAUGAGAUGAUAGAGCCUGGUCUGGGAAUGGCACGUGAGCGCUACAGAUCAAAGCCUAGGGCGGACAGCAUGAGCACGAGCCCUGGCCAAUUGGUGCUCUGAAUCUGAAACCGGCGUCCCUUUUUCCUCGCUAAUACAUAUCUCGAAGCAUCAUCAGCUUCCGUUAGCCGACCUAUAGAAUCAUGCUUCGUCCCAUCUGAUGCUCCUCCACUCUUGCACGCUCUUCCUAGCAAGCAAAAGAGCCUUGGUGUUCCUGACGAUGUCAUCGGUGCUAACAAACACCUUUUCUUCUCCCCUGAUGGCUCUAGCGACAUUCUGAUAG